CUACACUUCAUUUAUGUGUGGAGGAUUCAAAGAGGAAGGGGGGACAGCAGAGAGGUAGGGAAAUCUUAUUUUAUAUGUCAUUGAAGAAGAGCUGCGGCACUGAUUUAGGCAGAUAUACCUGCUGCAGACUUUUCAAAGUUAAAAGCAUUACUUCCUCUCUGCUUGCUGGUGAGCUAUUACUUGAGCAGAAGUUGACGUGAGUUGAAAAGUCCGAGACAUUUCUGCGAUGGCUUUUAAAGCAUUCGAAAAAAUCCAUAUCUAUGAAAAACAAGGAGCACCAAAAGAAAAGGACAAAUCCACCAUCCAGUGCCUUGAGUGCUUUGAUCGAAAUGUGUAUAUUGGGUCCAAACAUGCAACAGUCCAGCACCUCAUCCUACCAAGCAGCACACAUGGAGACCUGAAUCCUGGCCAGAGCAGAGCCAAGGACGGUAGAUCCAGAAAACUAGGCUCAAGCAACCCAGUCAUCCAACUGAGGGCAGUCCCACUUUUCAACCACCUGCUGGUCCUGUGGGAUCGGAGCGUUACUGCCCUCAACAUGUUCUCCUUAGAGCCGACUCCUGCUUUGAAGAAAAUCCAGCAUGUGUCUUUGUUUGAGGUGUGCGACUCAUUGCUCACAGCUCAGGCCGAAUGUGUGGAGAUGGUGACUUCCUCCAGCCGCAGGAGAGUGAUCCACAUCCACGUGGUGGGAGUGGACAGGUGGGAGGUUGUAAAGGAAGUCCCUCUACCUCAGGAUCCUGUGGCCUUGGCAGUGGAUGGCACCAGUCUGUGUGUGGCUACCUGUGACAGGUAUCUCCUAUGCAAUCUUGAGACCGGGAGCAGCGAGGAGCUUUUUCCUCACAAUCACAACAGGCAGCGUGUCUUUGUCACCUCAGCCGGGCCAGGGGAAUUCCUCCUGAAUGGGCCCGAAUCUUUGGGCAUGUUUGUUAUGAAGACAGGGAUAUGCGAGCGCCCUCCCCUCCAGUGGCCUCUGGAGGUGCUGGCAGCCAGGGUAUGUUUCCCUUACAUCCUAACCCUGCAGCCCCAAGUGCUCUCUGUCUACAGCAUGUUGGAUCAGCAGUGCAAACAGACUGUGAGUCUCCAUGGAGCGACGGGUCUGGUCUCCGCAUCAGAUGGCGCCUUAGUGUUCACAGAGAGAGACAUUUUCAGCCUGCGUCCGGUGCCGGUCGAAGAGCAGAUCCAGGCACUUGUAGGACACGAGAGAGUCGAGGAGGCAUUACUGCUGCUGGAUGGAGUUCAAAGCCAACGUCCACUUGACUCAUACAAGGAGCUGCAGAAGGCCGUCACUUGCCUGGCUGGAUUUGUUCAUUUUUACCAGGAGGGUUUUUCCGAGGCCAGAGAUCUAUUCAUUAAAGGUGAGCUGGACCCCAGAGAAAUCCUCCUCCUCUACCCGGACGUGCGGCCGUGCCUCAGCGAGGACUUUCAGUCCCAGCUCGAUCAAGUGAACAAGGGCAGGGAUCUGCAGGUGCUCUGGCAGGAGGACAGAGACACAUUUCAUCACUACCUGGCCUUCCUGGGAGAUUUUCUCACAGCAAUCAGGGGGACGGAGCAAGAGUGCAAGUGCAGCGCGGAGGUGGACUGCGCCCUCCUGUGGCUGCACGCAGAACUGGGCGACACUGAAAAUCUGCAGCAGCUUGUGACGUUUCCCAAUGGGUGCAGGUUGGAUCACUGUGUUCCUGUUCUGGAGCAACACAACAGAUUUUUUGCACUAGGUUGCCUCUACCAAAGCCAUGGGAAGCAAAUUGAUGCAAUAGAGACUUGGGUGAAGAUUGCAGAUGGCUUCCACAAAGACUCCUCUUGCUCAGAUGUAUAUGGACACAUAGUGUGGACUCUCAGUCAGCUGGAGCACAGAGAUACUGUGUGGAAAUUUGCACAUUGGACUCUGCAAAGAAACCAAGAGAUAGGUGUACAGAUUUUCACCAUGCGUCGACCAGAUGAUCGACUGGAGACACAAGACGUCCUUGUUCCCUUGGAGAAGUAUCCACUGGCAGUGAUUUUGUAUCUUGAGUUCUUAAUCCAUGACUUGAGCAGUGAGGAGGAGAGACAUCACAACCGUCUGGCCUUGGCAUAUGUUACUCAGACGCUGCGAGAGGAAGAGGAAGCAGAUUUGAGGCAGACCAGAGGGAAGUUGCAACAUCUGUUAUGGGAAUCCAAAUUCUAUGACGUCUCCUCUGCGUAUGAGAGCGUCAAGUCAACAACCCUGCACAUGGAGAAAGCCAUUCUGCUCGGUAAGAGCGGGGAACACACGCAGGCUCUGCAGGUGCUGGUUCACCAGGAGCGAGACCUCCAGGCUGCAGAGGCCUACUGCUGCAGGGCUGCCCAGGGCCACGACACUCAGUUCAGGGAGGCCCUGCUGCUCUCCCUGCUCCAAAUCUACCUGGGCUCCGAGGAUCACACCAGCACCGCGGUGGAUCUGCUCAACAACAAUUCCCAGUUCUUCGCAGUGGAGAAUGUCCUCCAGCUCCUGCCCAACUCCUGGUCUGUUCAGCUAAUCUCCCAGUUCUUAGUUAAAUCCGUCAGGUCAACCCUCCACCAGAGGCGGAUGGUGAAGCUGCAGAGGGCGCUGGCCCAGGCGGAGCUCAUGCAGCACAAGGUCACUUGGAUGCAGGCCUCAAAAGCAAAGUUCCGACUGGACAAGGAGCAGAAGUGUAAGGUUUGUCAGAGAGUCCUUGCAGAGCCACAGUUUGCCGGCAACCUGCACGGUGAGCUGAUGCACACCGGCUGCACUGGCUUUUUCUUAGCAUCAUAAAGACACUGAUUGACCAGUCUGUUGCCUGUUUAGGCACAUUAUGUGGUCCUCUGCACCCUUGAGAAUCACAUUAAUUUCCGGAUAAGUGUCUGCUUCCUACCCGAUGAUUUAUCUAGAUUAGACUGUGUCGCCUAGGCAAACUCUACAAGGAUUCAGUUCACGGACCUUGGACCAGACACAUUCCCUAAUUAGAAAAAAAGAAAAAACAUAGUGUAAAUAACUGGUUUCAAAAACGCGAAAGAGCAAGCAUUGCACAUUUUCAGGGCGGCAUGUCUGAGCCUUUUCCUAGAGACACUGUGGACAGCAAUAGCUAUAAAUUGGAUAGUGGAGGACACUCAGGGACAUAUAUUCACUGAUCAGACAGUGGUGUUUUACAUGGAAACCACCUGUGGUCACCCUGAUGACCAGAGGGAUUUUGGCUGUCCUCCACUGCUGUAUAUAUGCAUCCCCACCAUCAUGGUUUCCACUGACUGUGUAUAUUUGUCUGCAUAGAGCUGGAAAUAGAAAGUCAACAUGCUGCACGUAAGAUACUUUUUAUAUUCAGCCUGUGCAUUGAUGUUCAUUUAUGACCAAAAGCAGGUUUAAAAGGUCAAAGAGGUGCAGAGUUUUUAACAAAUGCUGUUAAAUUAAUAAAUCACAUUUUCUUUGUAUGGAACAUGAAA